UUCUUCUAAGAAAACCAAUAGAGAAUCAAGAAAGCAAUAAAAAUCCCCUUUUUUUCCUUCUCCUUUUCACCUGUAACUUUCUUUAACAUAAAUUUAGUUCAAACCCACAAAUUGAAAAAUGAUUAGAACCCCAGUUCAGUAGAGAAAGUUUGCAACUUCCAUUGGCUUUCCCACUACUUUAUCUUUACAACUAAGCAAUUCGCUUUGGAGAAAUACAAGCAUUAGAUAAAAAUGAAAAAAAUUGUUAGUUCAUAUUGGAUCUAAAUUUGGUUCUCUGAGCAUGUUGCUAUGAAUUCUUGAAGUUGGUGGUUAUUUAUUUUUUUGCUUGUGGAGCUAUAAAGUUAGAAUCUUUUGAGGUUUUUGCUCUAAUGGGGAUUUGUUUGAGCAACCAAAUCAAAGCUGAGACUACAUUUUAUACUGGUACAGGGAUUGGUUCGAGAAAUGUCAGUGGAGAUGGUACUGAGACUAGUAAUUCAUAUAGCAAAAGGUCAUCAGGGUCCGUACCCCCCACUCCCCGUAGUGAGGGUGAGAUCUUGCAGUCAUCCAACUUGAGGAGUUUUACUUUCAAUGAACUUCGGGCAGCCACUAGAAACUUCCGUCCUGACAGUGUAGUGGGAGAAGGAGGUUUUGGUUCUGUUUUCAAGGGGUGGGUUGAUGACCAAACUCUCGUAGCAUCAAAGCCCGGUGCUGGCAUUGUGAUAGCUGUGAAGAAGUUAAACCAAGAAGGUUUGCAGGGGCACCGGGAAUGGCUGGCUGAGAUAAAUUAUCUUGGUCAACUACGUCAUCCAAAUCUUGUAAAAUUGGUUGGUUAUUCCUUAGAGGAUGAUCACAGGCUUCUAGUCUAUGAGUUCAUGCCUAAGGGUAGCAUGGAGAAUCAUCUAUUUAGGAGAGGUUCAUACUUUCAGCCACUUUCUUGGAGCCUCCGUAUGAAAAUAGCCCUUGGUGCCGCGAGGGGCCUUGCAUUUCUUCACAAUGCAGAAACAAGUGUUAUAUACAGGGACUUCAAGACUUCUAAUAUCUUGCUUGACUCGAACUACAAUGCCAAGCUUUCUGAUUUUGGAUUGGCUAGGGAUGGUCCAACUGGCGACAAAAGCCAUGUCUCUACGAGGGUAAUGGGAACGUAUGGAUAUGCUGCUCCAGAGUAUCUAUCUACAGGUCAUCUUACUGCCAAGAGUGAUGUAUACAGCUUCGGAGUCGUUCUCUUGGAAAUUCUGUCAGGUAAGAAAGCAAUAGACAAGAAUAGACCAACAGGGGAACACAGUCUUGUUGGGUGGUCAAGACCUUAUUUGACAAGCAAACGUAGAGUUUUCCGUGUUCUAGAUUCCCGGCUUGAAGGACAAUAUUCGCUCACUCGUGCCCUUAAGGUAGCGAACCUUGCUCUUCAAUGCCUAGCCAUGGACCCCAAGUCAAGACCAACAAUGGACGAGGUGGUAACAGCUCUAGAGCAGCUUCAGGAAUCCAAAGAUACAGCGAAAAAUGAUACUAACAAGGAUCAGCAGUUAAAUCGGCUUAUUAGCAGUCAAUCAAGUAGUGAAUUCAACAGGUCAUGCAGAAGCAGUUCAGAAGAGACUCCCCGUGCAGCAAAUUAUCCUCGACCUUCAGCUUCGCUUCAUUCUAUCUAAAAGACAGAAGUAAACACACUUGGCGCGCCAGGUACUAACAUCCAAUUUUAAGGAACUUCUGGCAUGUAAGCGUACCAAAAUAUUCGACAACAUGUACAGUUUUUUUUUUUUCUUUUUCUGUUUGCUUUGUCAGAUGGCUGUUGAAAUGAGGAUUCAUGAGAUGUAUAAUGUAUUGCAAGUAAAAUUUUUGUUGUCUUGGAAGUGCAGAGUUUUGCUGUAAUAAGUUGUUUUUUCAUGA